CGUACAAAGCUACAUUUAACGAAUGAACGACAUUUCCCAGCGUGCAGUACAUAUCCGGCUUGCUUUUCCCAUUGCGAACUACAAGUCCCAGCUCUGCCACAGCUCAAGAAGAGUGAAAGGCUCCUGGCGGUAGCGGUUGCAUUGCAGCUUUAUGACAGCUUCGGUCCUGACAGCUCGGAUUUAGUUUUACAACGGCAACGGGAUACCGAUUUCUAGGCUUUAAUUCACCUAUUGAAACCGGCCCAUUAUUCAAGGAUACUACAAACUGUCCCCGAUGCCGAGUAAUGGAUAACGUGGUUGGCUCAGGAGCAAAGGAGAUGGUCGAGCACGGGGCUGAGCCGGAGCUGCAGCCAGGAGAGCCGGAGCGGGGUAGAGACGCUUUGCAGCAGUGCGUCCUCAUCCAAAACCUCAUCGACAUUUCCCUAUCCAGUUUGCAAGGGCUGUGGACAAAAUGCGCAGCUUCAAACGACCUCACCCAACAGGAGAUACGCACUUUAGAGGCCAAGUUGUUGACGUACAUCAGCAAACAGCUGCAAUGCAAAAGCAAAGUGCCUUUAAAUGAGCGUCCUGUAGCCUUAAACAGCUAUCCUCGGCUUAGUGACUGGUUGAAGACCGUCAACCUCAGGAAUGAAGUUAUCCAGGCUGUCCCUGCAAAGCUAUCUCUGGAUGCUCUGAUGCAGAUGUCUGGGCCACAAGUCACAGAGACCAUGAGAGAGUUUGGUUUGAGUGCUGAAGAGUGCUCACGGCUAAAUAGUGCCCUUUCUUGUUUAAAGAGGGUCAGUGAGUCAGGUGGGGAUCUUAGAGAAGAGACUAACCAAUUGCCCUCAUUAGACUUAAAAAGAGACAACAAUAUUAUUACUUCAGCAGAUCAGCUUCUUUGGCCUUCCGCAGCAAUGCAUCCUCAUAGCCCUUCUCCAUUAGAAAGGAAAUCUUGCAGCCAACCUCGCUCAAUUUCUGUAUCUGCUAUUACCUCCUCGGACUGCUUGGCUCCAUCAAACCAGGGCCCAUACAUCUACAUGGAUAAUCUACCAGACCCAUUUCCAUCCUCACCACACCUAAGCUACAGAGUAACCCCACAUGCUAUUACCAUUACACCUCCUGCUACCCCUCCUUUGAAGAGGAAGAACAAGUUGAAGACUCCACGUACUCCCCCAGCCCCUUCACGGAAAAUCAUGCACCUCCUGCCUGACCUCUCCAUAAUCACCCGGAGCAAAUCUCAUGAGUCCCAGCUGGCAAAUCGCAUCGAUGAAGUGUCUGCAAACAAAUUUGACGUCCAUCAAGGAUCACCACAGACACUGCGGAGAGAUAUUAGGCUGGAGGUCACUCACAGGUUUUCAACCAAAUCCUGGCUGUCACAGCUUUGUCAGGUUUGUCACAAGAAUAUGAUCUUUGGAGUCAAAUGCAAACACUGCAAAUUCAAGUGCCAUAACAGGUGUACUAAGGAUGCACAGUCGUGUGGAAUAUCCAUUAUCCCAUUACCAAAGAUUAGAAGAACAGAAUCGGUUCCUUCUGACAUUAACAAUGCAGUGGUCAGAACUGCAGAUCCACCACAGUUUGGCACCCUGCCCAAGGCUUUAACUAAGAAGGAUCACCAGCCUAUGGUAAACCAACUUGAUUCUAGCAGCAAUCCAUCUUCUACCACUUCAUCAACCCCAUCUUCUCCAGCUCCUUUUCAGCAAUCCAAUCCAUCAAGUGCUACCCCACCUCCAAAUCCAUCACCUAAGGGCCACCGUGAUAGUCGCUUCAAUUUUCCUGCUGCAUGCUACUUUCAGCAUAGACAACAGUUUAUUUUUCCAGAUGUGCCCAGUUCCGUGCCAACAGUGAUUCUGCAAUCAGAAACACCAGAUGUUUCAGAAGAAGUUGCAGCUGAGGAGACUGGAGCAACAGAGGAAAAUGAACCUGAGGACGAGGUGGAGGAUGAAGAGUCUGAUGAACUAGAAGAACUCCCAAAUAUGAAUUGUCAUCCGAAGGGGCCAAUCUCACGCAAAGCCAGCCAAACAAGUGUCUACCUACAGGAGUGGGAUAUACCAUUUGAGCAGCUAGAGCUGGGAGAACUUAUAGGCAAAGGGCGCUGGGGCAAAGUACACAAAGGACGCUGGCACGGUGAAGUAGCCAUUCGAUUGUUGGAGAUUGAUGGUAACAACCAAGAUCACCUAAAACUUUUCAAGAAGGAAGUCAUGAACUACCGGCAGACAAGGCAUGAAAAUGUAGUGCUGUUCAUGGGAGCUUGCAUGCAUCCUCCACAUCUUGCUAUCAUUACCAGCUUUUGCAAAGGCCGUACUCUUUAUUCCAUUGUUAGAGACACAAAAAAUGCACUGGAUAUCAACAAAACAAGACAAAUUGCACAGGAAAUAGUAAAGGGUAUGGGUUAUCUCCACGCCAAGGGCAUUGUUCACAAGGAUCUCAAAUCAAAGAAUGUUUUUUAUGACAACAACAAAGUUGUGAUUACAGACUUUGGACUUUUUGGAAUAUCUGGUGUGGUUCAGGAAGGAAGGCGAGAGAAUCAGCUCAAGCUCCCACAUGGCUGGCUGUGUUAUUUGGCACCAGAGAUAGUUCGAGAGAUGGCUCCAGGGAGAGAUGAGGACCAGCUGCCCUUCUCAAAAGCAGCAGACGUAUAUGCUUUUGGGACAAUUUGGUAUGAACUGCAAGCACGUGAUUGGCCUUUCAAAAAUCAGCCAGCAGAAGCAAUAAUCUGGCAGGUUGGCAGCGGUGAGGGUAUCAAAAAUGUCUUGGCACAAGUCAGCCUAGGAAAGGAAGUUACGGAAAUUUUAUCAGCAUGUUGGUCUUACCAUCCACCAGAUCGACCUACUUUCAUUCAAUUAGCUGAUUUGCUUGAAAAACUGCCAAAACUCAACAGACGUCUUUCACAUCCAGGUCACUUCUGGAAAUCAGCCGAGUAUGUGUCAUAAAACAAGUCUUGUAAUAUUUGGUUCAGUAUUGUCUCUUGUAUCAUUUUAAAAAAUGUCACCAUAUAUGUAUGUAUAUAUACAUGUUUGUGUGUAUUUGUGUGUUUGUGAGAGAUGUGUGCGCGUGUGUGUGUGUGUGUGUACGUAUGUAUGUAUGUAUUGUAUGUAUACAGACACACACACAAGAAAUAAUGGGUUAAUUUAUUGUUAAAAGAUAUAAAAAUGAUACUGGAUGUUUCCAUUUGUUUAAAACUUUUAAGUCCUUAAUACAGCUAGAUUUAACCAUGUCUUCUUUUAUUACCUACCUAGACAUUUUUUAUUUUUCUUUGUUCCUUUUGCUGUCACAGAGGAUUGGGUGCUGCACCACCCUUCUUCCUAGAAACAUCUACAUCCAUUUAUGUUACAUCCUUUUCCAAGGACUGGUGUCUAAACAUCUUUCAUUUUAGUUAAUAAUUGUGUUACACAACACAAUCUUUAUAAGCUAAUGUAUCAUUUUGGAUGCAUGAACAAUUUUUAUGAUCAUUAGAUACAAUUUGGGAAUUUUUCAACAUACGGUAAAAGUGUUGGUAGUUUAUUUAUUGGCUUUUGAAUUCCAAUAACUGCUGCUGAAUUCUAUAAAGGCUUGGUCGGGAGAAUAAAUAUUUUUUUAAUUAAUAUCUAUUUUUAAGUGCUUUUGUUCAUUUGGGAGUUUGUGUAUUUGAUAUUUUUAGUAAAAGGUCCUAAAGAGCAAGGAUUAUCAUCAUAAAAAGUAAAUGUUUUACAGCAAAUACAACUAACAAGAUUAAAAAAUUGAUAGUACACUGACUAUACUGAAUAAAUAGAAUAAGUGGUCCUUCACCUUGUAAUGUCAGUGCUAUUAGUAAAAUGGUUACUAAUAUUCUUUUUUGUUAUGGUCUAAUACUCCUACUGUAUGAUGUACAAUUCCCAUUCCAUCAUCUUGUAUCAAGUAUUGUGUCUAAGUUUUAAACAUUCACAAUACCCCUGUUUUCUUGACAUCUGUCUCCUGAAUGCUCCUGUCAUAUUCUUUCACAUCUCCAGGACUUUCACAACUUGCAUCACCAUACAAAUAUAUUGUAUGAUAUACUUUUGACAGUGCAAACAUUUUACAGCAUUUUAGGUGCUUUAAGCUUUGUCUUUGUGAGUCAUGUGUUCACUGUUCAUAGAUUUUACCUGGUCUUCUUUUUUAGAAAUAGAAUUUAGGUGUACAUCCUAAAUUGUUUACAUUUUCUUUAAAAUAUUCUAUUGAUAUUUGUCUGAAUGCACAGCAGGAAUAGUCUUGUUUUGUAAGGAAUAUUUUUUUUUAUAUAAGUGAUGGGAAAGAGUGACAAUGUGCAACACUAACAAGACUCUGCUUAAUCUAUCUUUCCUUUUCUAGUGUUUUAAUUGAAUUUGUGUAUAUUUUAUAGGAAUAUGGGUCUGGUAGAUCUGUGUAUUUCACACACAUCGUAUUCCUGUUGAAAGUUCAGUUUGACCUGCUACAACUAACUGCUCGUCCCACUCUUUGUCUUUCUUUUUCUGUAGGUUGUAGCUGUCCAUACACUCUGUGGGCCUGCCUGCAUGCAUUAUUUUUUGUUUUUCUUUAUUCUUAACUGCAUCUUUGCAAUAGGUGGCUGUUGCUUCUGUGAUAGUAAAAAAAAUUCAAGUGCACACCAGAAAAACUGCCUGCUGUUGCCACCAGUAAUUGCCAGAUGUCCUUGUGGUUUUGGUCAUUCUGAAGUGUGGAUCUCUGGUACCAUACUGGCCAAAGAUUUCUCAUUAAUUGAGAAAAUAGUGUUAGUCAUGGAUUUUUCAUUCUGAAGCAAACUGCAGAAGCAUGUAUGAGCUCUUAACUGUUACAUAACCAUGUCACAUGCUGAUGGAUCUAAGUUUAAAGAGCUACAAAUAUUAGCAGCAAAAAACUGGUUACAAAUAAGAUCUGAUUGUGCUUUAAUUUUUGCACAAACACUGUGAAAGAAAACCCUUUACGUGUGUAUGUAUAUAUGGAAAGGAGCUUCUUUUCUUUUCUCCCUCUUUCCCCAACCAGAAAAAUUUUUCAGGAAGGACCAGUCAGCCUCUUCUGUCAAGCCUGCAGUGAAGCAUCUCUCCUUUCACUCAGUUUCUCAGUGCUAAUGAUGGCAGCUCUAUCAGGCUUCAAUAGGAUUUGCAACACAUAUCUUGGAGUUUGCUGCCCAGGAUUAGAGUCUGUUUCUACUGCUUAUUGCUUUUUGUUAAUAUGUAAACUGGUUUAAUAUGUAAGAACACUGACUUACUAUAAAUACUACGGGGUCACAUUUUAAUUUUCCUUAUCCAUCUUCUUUAAAGAGCUGAUCUUGUUUUUAAUAGCAAUUCACAAACUUAAUUUUUCAUUCUUUCUUUUGAAUAGUAGCCUUUGUUUACAGGCUACUGUAUUUCUUUUGUAAGGAUGCAAAACUUACUGACACGGAUGUAGUCCGUAAAGUAAGGUUUGCCCAUUGGACAAUCCUUUAUUUUGAUUUUAGGAACUUUUCAAAACUACCAUAACUUUCCUAAUUAAUAUUAUGUCUGCUAGUGUUGAAAUGCUCUUGUUCUGAGAGCAAAAUAAUAGCAACAACAGAACGGAUCUGUAUACAUUGUGAAACAUUUACCUAACAAUUUAGGAUUUUUCUGUGAAUGACUGCCAGAAUGUCCCUUUGCAUACGUUCUUAAAGAAAGAGACUACCAAACAAAGCCAUGUAUAUACCGAAAAUAUAAUUUGAAGCUAUGAUAAUUUACACACUAAAAUACCCUUAUAUUUUACUGUAUUCUGAACAUAUUAUAUUGCAAGGCGAUUGAGUUAAGUUGACAAAGCAGGGGCCAACCCAGAGAGGGUUGCUCAUGCACAAACCUAGUCUCCAGUCAACCUUCCCUGGCCGUCUUUGGCAUGUAGGAGGAAAGUGGCAUACUGUCACUGGAUAAAGAUUAAAAACUUGUGUAAAUGUAUUUAUUAAAGUGUAGUUCCCAUUUAAGAAAAAUGUGAACUCAUUUUAAUCAGGCCAGGAAUACUUUUAAUUGUUAUAACCUUAAAGGGGAAAACACAUACACAUAUACAUGUACUGUAUGUAAGUAUACAUACAUGCAUACACACACACACACACAUAUACUGUACAUAAAAUGUAUAUACAAUGAGUAAGCAGUAAACAUUCUUUAAAUUUGGUUUUGUUUUCUGUAUGAGCUAUAAGUUGAAAGAUUUGUCAUGCCUUACUAGUAAUGCUAAAUAGCAAUGAUCUAUGCCCCUCUAAUGUUAAUUAUUAUUAUUAGUUUUAAGUUAUUUUUCUUAAUUAGUUUCAAAGCUACAAAGCAGAAACAGCACUGCUGCUUUUACUAUUUUGUUCAUUGCACUUUUGUGCUCUGCAGUCAUUCAUGGACAACCGCUGUAGAUGUAAUAUGCCUUGUUUGGGUACUUUUAAAAUAUAUUUAACAUAUGGUAGUAGUAGUAGUAGUAGUAGUAGUUUGUAAUGCUAUCAAAAUUUUAAGAUACAAAAUGUUAUGAUACUAAAAAGAAGUUUCCCCAUUUUUAACUUUAGUAGCAAAGGAUAUCUGGGACGAUUACAGGUUAUUAUAAAUGCUCGUAAAUACUAUUUGAAAAUGUAAUACUUGGGAGGAAAUGUUAGUUUAAGAAAAUAGUUUUUGCAAAUAAUGCUCAAGUCUUCCUUCUGUGCAUUGUGUCUUCUCCUUUUCAGUCAAAAUGAGAUAUGGUAUGACACAGGAUUAAUUUUGUUUAUGUUGUAGCCACUCUAGCUCUUCAGGCUAAUAGUGUUGCUAGUUUAUCUUAAAGGUCAGAGACUGAAUGCUCAUUCAUUUGCUCCUUGUUUAUUCAGUUGCGUCUUUUAAUGGGUUCUUCAGUAAGUUUAUUUAUUAUGGGGGGGGGGGGGGGUUCUAGAGAGUUUUUUAAUUAUGGGAAAAGUUCUGUUUUAAUUCUUUCUAGUCAUUUAAUAAUUCACAAAUUAAUCACAAAAAUGUGAUAAACAGGCAAAAAGUGAAAUGUUCAUUUAUUUGAUGCUUCUUUAUGAAGUAUAGUGUUGUUGUCACCACUAUAGUGCCUUUCACAGUAAAAAUAACAUAAAAUGUUUAGAAGCACCAAUACAUUUUUUGGAAUUGGGGAGUGAAUUGCAAUAAGCAGGGUUCAAAUUUGAAAUGAUUCCUGCUGUAUGGUUUCUUUUUGAAAGCAUUAAAUUAUAUAUAUUUAGUAUAUUAACAAAGGAAAUACCCACACUAUUAUGAUGAGAAAGUCAGGUCCUCAAGAGCCACGGGCUUUCACACUUAUAGAUCUAUGUAGCAUUUCACAAUAAAACUACUUUCGUUUAACCAGUUCAUAAGUGAUAAGUGUGUAGUACAGAUUCAUGUCUAUUCUGAGCCAUUUCUCUUGAAAAUCAAUAUAGAUGUUUAAAAAUCAAGAUAAACAAACUAGAGAUUUUAUUAAGAAUGUCCUUUUAGAGUCCAAUUGUUUAUUGUCUUUUUGAUUUAUAUAUUAGAACAGUUACAAUGAAAAGCUGCAUUUGAGGACGACUUUUGUCCACCUCUGAUGAUGGGUACUCCUUGAAGCCGUAGAGUUGAGUGGCACAUGUUAAUUUAACAGUUGAGUGGUAGGAAUGAAAUAAUAAAAUCCAGAUGAAGCUGGUGUCCUUUCAGUGUAUGUUCAUGUGUUUUUUUGUUUCCUGAUUUUUGUCACCUAAACUCUUCUGUUAUCAGAAGCAUAUAGCUGGGAGGAAAGUGCUUUUAUAUACCUGCCAUCUUUCUUCAAACUAACCGUAUAUCUGCUGUUACAUUGCUGUUCAAAUUCUGAUUACAAUCUGCAUGCAGCCUACCUUUUGGAUGUUGUCAUCCUUAAAUUGCUGCUUAUUGCUGCUUAAGCUAUCUGGUUGAAUGUAGUGUUAAAGCUGUUACUUCUGCAAUAACAGAGGUAUAAUAGGAGGAUAUUUUGUUUUCGUAAGAUGUUUUAUUUAAAUGCAACUGUAAAAUUGUUAUGAAUGUAUAAAUGCAAAUUGUUUGUUUAUAGCUAGGUUGUAGCAUUUUUGGUACUUGAUCAUUUUUUAAAGCAUUUUUUAAAUAUCUUUUUGAAAAGUGUUUCUUUUUUUAACUUUUAUGAUAGAAACUAAUUCAAAUUGGCACACGGAAAAGACCAGGCUGAACAGACAUGCACAUGUUCAAUACUGAUCGAAUAAUGCAAACUAACACACUAAAAAAGCAAUGUGAACACUGGGAAACUUCCAGGUGAGACCCAAUUGCUGUGCUGUUGCAAGGGUAGCAGAUUCAUUAUGGCCUUAAUUACUGUAUCAGCUUCUAGAAUUUAUCUGGCUGAGUGAUGGAAAAUACAGUGUGUACGUGUGUGUAUAUGUGUAUAUGAAACAUACUCUGGUGAGAUGUAAAUGAGUGUCAUAUUGGGUGGCAAACAGUGUAGAUAAUUGCUUCUUUUGUUCAUUAACAUUUGGAUGUUAGGCACAUUGUCUUUCAUAUUUUGGACAUUCUCUUGAGCACUUGAAUACUAGAUUCGGAAAUGCAAUUUUUUAUUGUUCCUCUCCUCUUUUCAGACUCCAUCACAAACACACACACACACACACAUCUGUACAACCUUCAGAGCUGCCAUUCGUGCUUGAAUGAUAUUGUUAAAGUGCUUGUUUUAGAACUGAGCUGAGGAGGCACUAACACCUUUAGGCUCUUGGGUUUAAUGUGAAGUUAAAAAGCAUUUUUCUGUAUGAUGUUGUAGGAGUCUACUUAACAAUGACCAUUUACACAUGUAAAAGACUUUUUCUUUUGGAAUGUGAUGUAAAAUUUGUACAGUGUAAGAUUUAUACAUAUAUAUAAAUAUAUAUAUAUAUAUAUAUAUUUUAUACAAAACAACCUGGAGUUUGUCUUCCAGAUAUCAGUAAGGAUUCAUUUAUAUAAGAUUUAAUAUUGAAAGAGGUUCUCUGUUGGUUAGUGCACCAGUUUCAGAUGUACUAUAUACACAACCGUGGGCUUGUCGAUUUUUCUGUGGAAAAUAAAUUCUCUUUUUGUCCAUCCACUUCACCAAUAAAAUUUGCCACUUGAUAUUUA